AUGGCGCAGGCGGCCUCAGACGGCCUCGUGCCGGUCGUCAGCGAUCCUGUGAGCAUCUACGGCCAGCAGGGCUGGGACGUCGAAAAGAGCAGAUAUGCAGAGCUGGGGAGGAAAUUCGAGGAGGCUUUUGGCUGCCGCCCUGAUGUGCUUGCAAGGUCACCAGGUCGUGUGAAUUUGAUCGGUGAGCACAUCGACUAUGAGGGAUAUGCGGUCUUUCCAAUGGCCAUUCAUCAGGACACUGUCGUUGCCCUUCGAGUUGGUGGUGAUACGCUGCAAAUUCACAACACUCAGCAGGAACAAUAUCCUGCAAAGGACUUCCCUGUGGACCCCAAGCAGGCUGUGGAUGUGAAGCAGCACACUUGGGCAAACUACUUUGUUGCAGCCUACAAGGGGGUGUAUGACUACAUCUCUGACAAAGGGAUGGAAGCCCCAGCUCCUUCAGGCCUACAAGUCAUGAUUGAUGGUCGGGUGCCAACAGGCUCUGGACUGUCCAGUUCAUCUGCAUUGGUGUGCGCUUCUGCACUGGGUGUGCUGGCUGUGCAUGGCACCUGCGGCCUGCAACUGAAGCAGGCGGACAUUGCAGAGUUCACUUGUCGCUGUGAGCGCUAUGUGGGCACAGAAUCAGGAGGCAUGGACCAGGCAAUUUCCAUCAUGGCAAGACCUGGUGUUGCCAAACUGGUUGAAUUUAAUCCUGUCAGAGCAACAGAUGUGGCCCUGCCCCCAGGAGCAUCGUUUGUUGUGGCAAACUCGUUGGCAGUGUCAAACAAGGCAGAAACAGCAACAGGAAGGUACAAUCUAAGGGUGGUGGAGUGCAGACUUGCAUCUGCAGUUGUUGCUCUGAAACUGGGCCUUUCAGUCUGUGAGGCAGUGAAAAUUGAAACGUUGGGGCAGUUGCAAAGGCACAUAACUGCAUCAACGAGCAUCGAUUCAUUCACAACAUGCAUCGAAGCAGUGAACGAACAUCUACAUGGUGGUGAAUACAGCAUUUCAGAGGUUGGCGAGCUUGUGGGUGUCACAUUGCCAGAGCUGUUCAGCAGCUCAACCAGCUCCCUGAAGGUUUUGGAAGCCAAACAAGCUGCUGGAAAGGGAUUCAAACUGAAAGACAGGGCUCUUCAUGUGUAUUCUGAAGCAAAACGAGUGCAUGAUUUCAAGCGCGUUUGUGAGUCCAAUGAGGAUACAUCCUCAAAGCUGAAGGCGCUGGGCUCCCUGAUGAAUGCAAGUCAUGAAAGCUGCAGGGAUCUGUAUGAAUGCAGCUGUCCAGAACUGGAGGAUCUGGUUUCUGCAGCCCUCAAGGCUGGUGCCCUUGGCUCGCGGCUGACUGGAGCUGGGUGGGGUGGAUGCACUGUGUCAUUGGUGCUUGAAAGCAAGGUGGACGCAUUCAUCAGCGAAGUUACACACCUGUUUUACAGCUCUAAACUUGAGCAAGGAGUGAUUACCACCGGCCAGCUGCAAGGCUGUAUAUUUGCAACCAAGCCCUCCAGCGGAGCAGCAGUUCUCAUGCGUGGCGCUGAGCGGUGA